AUGUACGAGAGCCGGGAUUCGAAAAAGUCCGACGCGGAGCGGCAGCGUCGCGCCAAGGAGCGCGCGGUGCGCGAGUACCAAAUUUCGCAAAAACGGCUGUCGAAGUGCCAGUACUGCUUGGAAGCUCCGGACCGCCCGAAGCACCUGCACGUCGCGUACGGUAACCUCGCGUACCUGAUGUUACCGAUGAGCGGGCGGCUCGUCCCCGGACACUGCGUCAUCGCGCCGAUCGGCCACGUCCCGAGCUCUCGCGCGUGCGACGAAGACGUCUUCGAAGAGAUGCGAAACUUUAAAAAGUGCCUCGUUCGAAUGUUCGCGAGUCAAGGGAAAGGGUGCGUCUUUUACGAGACCGUGACGCGGCUCGGCGGUUCCGGCGUCGUCGGCGCCGCCGCGAGCUCGCACGCUUUCAUCGAGUGCGUCCCGAUACCGGACGCGCGCGUCGACGACGCGUCGAUGUACUUCAAGAAGGCGAUAGACGAGGCGGAGAGCGAGUGGAGCGUGCACGACGCGAAAAAGUGCAUCUCGACCGCGCCGCCGCGGGGAUUACGCGGCGCGAUACCGCCAAACUUUCCGUACUUCCACGUCGAGUUCGGCAUGCGCGGCGGGUACGUGCACGUGAUCGACGACGAGAGCAGGUGGCGCGUGGAUUUGCCGAGGGACGUUCUCGUCGGCCUGUUGGAUCUACCGGAGAAUGUCAGCCGAGCGAAGCGACGGCCGCUGGCGCCGCCGGCGUUGAAGCGCGAGAUGGACGCGUUUCUGGACGCGUGGGAUCCGGUGGACUGGACGAAGCAGCUCGCGUAG